AGAGAAGAAAACACAAGAGUGAGGCGUUCUAGCAGGCGCACAAACCCCGAGCUGCGCGAAUUGAGUCUAUAAGGUUCUCAUGCGCCUUUAAAGAGUAGCGGCGCUCCGUCCUUCCUGAAUCAGAUUCAGAUCGAGUUGUGAAUACCCAAGAUCCGCUCAGAGUAAUGGCAGAAACCGCCCCAGCUCCAGCUGCAGCCGCGCCGGCUAAAGCGCCCAGGAAGAAGACUGCUGUUAAAGCCAAGAAGGCCGGACCAGGCGUUGGCGAACUGAUCGUCAAAGCAGUGUCCGCGUCUAAGGAGAGGAGCGGUAUGUCCCUCGCCGCCAUGAAGAAAGCCCUUGCCGCCAGUGGCUACGACGUGGAGAAGAACAACUCCCGCGUCAAGCUUGCCAUCAAGGGUAUGGUGACUAAAGGUGUUCUGGUGCAGGUCAAGGGGACCGGUGCCUCCGGCUCUUUCAAGCUCAACAAGAAGCAGGCCGAGCCCAAGAAGAAACCAGCCAAGAAAGCGGCUCCCAAAGCCAAGAAACCCGCCGCCGCCAAAAAGCCCAAGAGCGCUGCUGUAAAGAAGCCCGCCGCUAAGAAGUCGCCCAAGAAGGCCAAGAAACCCGCAGCUGCCCCCAAAAAGGCUACAAAGAGCCCCAAGAAGGCCAAGAAGCCCGCGGCCCCCAAGAAAGCAGCCAAGAGCCCCAAGAAAGCCAAGGUGGCUAAGCCCAAGACGGCGAAGCCUAAAGCGGCCAAGCCUAAAAAGGCAGCACCCAAGAAGAAGUAAACGACAUCUUCAGCUGUUUGAUCCUCAACGGCUCUUUUAAGAGCCACCCACAAAUUCUGAAGAAAGAGCAGAGCUCCUUAAUUAAACUGAUACAUUAAGACAUUAACCCAAUACUUUAUUAAACACAUUU